AUGCGAACUCGAUCGAGUCGGUCAACAGAAGACUUGGUCGAGCUAGAUUUCACACGGGUAGAAAGAGAAGUCAGAGGAACUCAGAGGGUACAAGAGGAACCUGAGGUGCUUGUUACUGAUACCAUGGAUGUACCAGAGGGGAAUGGAAACCCUUUGGGUAAUGGACUCGGUCGAGCUAGGCAAACUCGACCGAUUGGUCUAGGAGAUGCUCCAAACCGCCAUCAACAGAGACAAGGGAUUGUUCCACCACCAGUGCAGAACCACAACUUUGAGAUCAAGCUGGGAAUGAUCAACCUUAUCAAUGGUGUCUCUGAAGAUGCCAUCAAGCUGAGACUCUUUCCUAUGUCUCUAGCUGACAAAGCUCACCAAUGGGAGAAGAGCUUGCCCCAUGGCACAAUCACCACUUGGGAUGAAUGCAAGAAGGCCUUUCUUGCUAAGUUUUUCUCCACCGGUCGCACAGCCAAGCUAAGGAGUGAGAUAUCAGCUUCAUCAGAGGAACAAUGA